GUGGGUGCUCAGCAGUGGGUGAAGAGGGGGCCAGCCCAGUCACCAGCGUACCCAUCUGCAGUAUGCCUUCCCAUGAGCUAUCCUGAGGGCAUGGUACGGGGUCUCUGUGGAGGACUUUGCUGCCCCUGCCUGUGACUGUGCUACAACGGUGGUUGGCUCCAGCCUUGACCAUGGACACCUGUCCAAGAUUCUGCUCAGUGUUUGCAAACGUUAAUCCCGUGCAGCACUUCAAAGCCAGUGAGUUCCGUGAAGGAGCUCUGAACCUGCUGAGUUGGUGACUUCCAUCUGGUUCUACCUGACCCAGGGGCUCUCAGAAGAAGACAUGUCCUGGUUUGAAGGAAGGUUGGGCCUGAUCCCGGAAACACAAAUGUUUGAAUCAGCCGUGACAUUUUGAAAUGAGCAUGUGUGGCCCAGAAUGUGGGACAUGCUGACAGGUCACCCAUCUGUCUGGGUGGGCUUUCUAUUGAGGUCACUUGCUAAGUGUCCUAUGAUGUCACUGUCAAGCAACCUGGCCGCCAUUGUGACACCUGGGGCUGCAUUGUGAGCCCAGCGCUGGGGGCUAAGCCUCACCCUUGUUGCUAGGAAGGAAGCAGAGCCUUCACUUUGCAUGGAUAGUGGCAAGAAAAGCAGUCCCCCAAGCCAGGACCCAGGCUCGAGCAUGGCCCAUUCUCCCCCAAGGGCUGGGGCACCCCGAACUGUCAGUGCGGGCCCUGCUCCUCCAGCAGUUCCGGCAGGGGCCUGGGAUGAUCCCCUGCCACCUGGCUGCCCCAACGGGAGAUUCCUGCUCGAAGACACUGCUUUCCAAACGCCGACCGAAAGGCCCUCCUUGAGAAGGCCAGGCCCAGGCACGAACACCCUGUCCCUGAGGGACGGGAGCCUGUUUUCUCUCCCCUUCCCCAAGAAACUGUGGAACAUCGUGAGCAGCAAUCAGUUUGUGUCCAUUUGGUGGGAGUGUAACGGCGCGUGCAUCGGGAUCAACGAGAAACUAUUUCAAAAAGAGAUUUUGGACCGGGACGGUGCUGACAAAGUGUUUGCAACGCACUAUAUGAAGAGCUUCAUCCGCCAGCUCAACCUCUACGGCUUCAGCAAAAUGCACCAGAUUGCUUGGCGACCUGUCUGCCGCGCUAGAUGGUUCACAGAAGAAAGAUCAGUGUGUGUCGUGAGCAAGUUACACUUCUACUAUUGCCCCUACUUUAAAAGAGACUUCCCUGAGCUUCUCCUGAAGAUGAAGAGAAGAGUGGGCGUAACAGGGUCAUCCAAAGCCGUCGUGCACGUGUACUCCCAGCAGAGGGAGAGGCAGCCCGAAGCCCCAAGAUCUCCUUCAGCACCUACAGCCAUGGAGCGACAGGAAGCUCCCACGUGUCCCGGUGAGAACAAGCCGGCGGGCCUGGGGAACCCAGAACUGCCCGAUGACACGUCCGGAAGCAGCACUGCUGGCUGGGCGCCACCAGCAACUGCAGCAAGGGCCCUUGAGGAUGUUGGGAGGAACAUGGAGGCUGCGGCCCUCUUGUCAACGCGGUCUCCCCGCCAGCCAGAGAGGACCCAGGCUCCCUGGGCUACCCCUGGUGCCGAGGCCACCAUCCUCGCACAGCCCCCCUGGGCUGUCCGUGUCAGGGCUGCUGCACAGAUAUGUUCCUUUGGGCCAAUGGUGGGUCUGCAAGCUGAGCCUCCGGGAUACCACAGCUCCCCUGCCAUGUUCCUGCCUUGGGCGGGCCUGUUGCCCUUCUGCUGCCCCUGGGUCCCCAUGCCCAUCAGGGCUAUGGGGCCUGCUGCUCACAUGCCUGUUUCCUCACCCCCAGCCAUGCCAUUCCACUGCUUCGCCAACUGCCCCUGCUUCUCAGACUACAGGCCAGCUAUCAUCAGGCCCCCAGGGUGUCCUGUGUUCAGGGACCACCACAGAUAAGGCAGUUGUUUUCCCAGGAUGUGUGCAGGCCAAUAAAAGCACCAGAAAAUGAGUGACCAUCUAUCUGAGUGAUGAUUCUUGUCUCUGUCACUUGUCUAUCUUUGCACUUGAGUCACCCUCUGAGGUAUGGUUUGCUUGCAUGGUAGAAGCAAACGUAAGCACGGUCUUCCCUGGCAUAACGCAGGCCCCUAGGUGACGC